CUAGCAAGCUUUGCUUCUCCUUGUUUCUGUUGCUGUCACCUGCUCCUAGCCUUGUUUUCCUCAGCUGUGCCAAGAGUCUUGUGUUAAUCCCCCUGGGAAUUGUGGUGCUUGGGUUAAACAGAUCUCAUGCCAAGAAUGCCCUUAACAAAAAUCUUUUAAAAAUGAUGUCAAAAGCUGUGGAUGCUUUGAAAUCUGAUAAGAAAGUACGAACUGUUAUAUUCCGGAGUGAAGUCCCAGGGAUAUUCUGUGCUGGUGCUGACCUUAAAGAAAGAGCAAAAAUGCACUCAAGUGAAGUUGGUUCUUUUGUCUCAAAAGCAAGAGCAACUAUUAAUGAAAUGGCUAAUCUUCCUGUACCAACCAUUGCUGCAAUAGAUGGAACUGCAUUGGGUGGUGGCCUUGAACUUGCUUUAGCCUGUGACAUAAGAGUGGCAGCCUCUUCUGCUAAGAUGGGCCUAGUUGAAACAAAGUUGGCAAUCAUUCCAGGUGCAGGGGGGACACAGAGAUUACCCCGCACAAUUGGAGUAUCUUUGGCUAAAGAACUAAUCUUCUCUGCGCGCAUUGUAGAUGGUGAGGAAGCAAAAUCAAUAGGAUUGAUUAGCCAUGUGGUAGAACAGAAUGAAGCAGGGGAUGCCGCAUACAGAAGAGCACUAGCUCUGGCAAAAGAAUUUUUACCUCAGGGACCAGUAGCAAUGAGAGUUGCAAAGCUGGCCAUCAAUCAGGGAAUGGAGGUCGACUUAGUAACAGGCUUAGCAAUCGAAGAAGCUUGUUACGCUCAGACUAUUCCAACCAAGGAUAGAAUUGAAGGUCUUCUUGCAUUUAAAGAGAAGAGACCUCCUCGCUACAAGGGAGAAUAAAAGAAGCUGAUGCCUUUAAACUACAAUGGGGUAUAUGUACAGAUAUGAGGACCAUUAAGGUGCACUUUGCAUCUGAGCCUAGAAUAUCACAACCACCAAAGUAAAAGCAAAUCAUACUGAUGUUACAACAUUUUCAAUGUGUCCAUACUUGUACUGGGCCCAGAUAGAAAUGUGUGUCUAUUCAUGCUCAUUACAGUUUCUGAAGGCUGAUCUGUGUACUGGCAAGGUCAUAAUUUCAUGCAGCAUUUUUAAAAUUUCAUAUGUAUGAAAUUUACCAUUCCACAAUUAAAAAGCUCUAUAAAUUCUUUAUAUAGACAAAAUCUAUAUGCGAUAUUAAGUAUAAAUUUGCUGUAUCAUUUUAUCAAAAUAAAAGUGACUUCUGAACAUCAAAAAAAAAAAAAAAAGAAAUUGCACCAAAUAUGCAUUUAAAUGAUUCUGUAUAUCAGUAAAAAUACAUUUGAGAAUUCUACCUGCAUAUGUACGUUAUAAAUAAAGUUAAGGGAGAUGAAAAGGAUUAUUGUUUGGUAAAUGUUAAGCUUUAUUUGUCUGACUUACACUACUCUAAGUAAAAUGAAAGUAAUUUUGAGAAUAGCACAUAAUGGUGUCCUUUUGAUGAAGUCAUUGCCAUUAUAUUAAUUUAAUUGUAUUAAAUGAAGACAUCUUAGAGGCCAGCCUUUAAUAAUGCAUUCUUGUAUGUUACACUUGGCUUUGUCUUUCAUUCUUCCAAAAUGCCAUCUGAUCAGUACUGUCUGCUGUAACAGAAUUUUAUUUCACUUGCCCUGGUUAUUUUAAAUUUGUGAUGAUUGUAUUAAAAUAUUUUGCGCAGGGAUGUGUCUGAUGUGCUGUUAAAGAAACUAGAAUUCUCUUCAUCCCCAGAUGUCCUUUUUGCAGGGUCUAAAUAAUGUAUAUUUAUAUGCAACCGGGAUGGUAAUGAAAUGUUCUGUAUUCUGUGGUGGCCUCAGGGUUCUGUUCAUAUUUUGAAAGAGAAAUCCAGUAGGUUAUAAGGUGAGAAUGCUGUUGUGAUUCAUAUAGUAUAUUUGAUGUAGUUGUGGCAUAUACAACAAAUGCUUGGAAACAACCUCUUGGAAAUUAUUUUUGUUAACUUGACUGGAAAAUAAACAUGCCUUAGCAGUCAGAGGCUAUCUUUUACAUGAAAACAAAUUUCUUCGUAUUUGGUUACCAUUGGCUUAUGAAACUUGUGCAUGCUCUGCUGUUUCUGCAGCAUUAACUAUGGUCAGUGUCCAUAUCUAUGAUGAUAAAGCAACUAUUGAACAUGAAAUGACAGGAGCUCAUUUAAAUUCAUAUUUAGACAUAUCAUUACAUGUAAAUUGAUUAUAACUGGUAGAGCACACACUUUGUUGACUGGUAAACUUGCUGAGUCGAUCAUUUCAUGCAUGAUAAUUUGCAAAUAAAGUACCGGUGCUUGUUUUGAUAGUCAUAUAAAGCCUAGAGGGUCAUUUUCUCCUGUUUUUGAAAUGCUAACAUGUCAUUUUCAUUUUUACUGAGUAGGAAAUAAUUAUGUUAAUGGGAUAAAAAAAUAUUAAGUCUGUGCUGACUGGUUUGUGUUUCAUAACUUUGAUAUACAGUCUGCUUAUUAAGCUGCCUCUGUUUUUCUAACAAGCCCUGAUUCAGUAGCUUCUGUCAAUGUCUAUUUUAAAAAAGUCUAAUAACUUGAAAUACUGUGGCACAAGCUGUGUAGAUUUGUGCCUUUAACUAGUAGUUUUGAUCUCAGAAAAUAAUUUUGCUGUCACAGUGGUCUCUCCGUUCCUUUUCUCAGGAGGAGAUAUUGUCAGAUUGUAGCAAUUUGAGUCCCUUCUUUGAAGUCAAGAGUUUGAAUGUUAUUUCAAAGUGAGUAUCAAUAGCACAAUUUCUAAAGGUACUAUGUAGUGAUGUUGGAAUAGUUCUAAAGGAACAAUAUUUUAGCAAAAGAUGUGUUAAACAUUACUGUCUCUUUUAUUAAGUAACCAGCAUUAAGAUGACUUCAUUCAUCAUAAUUAAUAGCAAUAUUAGAAUUCUGCUUCCAGGGGAGAGUGAUUUGUAACAGAAAUGUUCUUAUAUAGCCUGACUUCUUCUUAUGAAAGUUUUGAUCUAGCAAAUCCUCCUUCAAGUGCUUAGGAUCAGCUCUUUCAGUUCCUGGUAAAGACAUGCUUUUCUGCACAGUACCUGAUGGGUAGAUGACCGCUGGUCCCUGCAGGUUUCCUGAAAGGUUAUUUCAUGGUCCCUAGGCAUAAGCAGCUUUUUCUCCUGCUUCUCCUGAGCUCAAGUGGGUAGUGAGAUCUUCUGCGCUUCAAUACUGAGAUGAAUAUUGAAAAGUGAUGGUUCAGGUAGGUCAGUUGCCUUGAGCCUCCUGGCAGUGUAAGUGCAAGUGUAACUUAAUAACCCAGAAAUCCUCGCAGAAAUUAAUGUGACAAUUCAUAUGACCCAUGUCAUUUUAGCCUUCAGCCUUUAAUCUAGGAAAGCAUUUAUUGUUUGUUGGGUUUUUAUUUUGUUUGUUUGCUUUUGUUUUACCCUGUGUUAACAUUGAAGUAACUCUGCAUUCUCUCUAGUUUAAUAAAUUUCUGGAUAAAGUUUUCAGAA